GAAGGAAGGAAGAAGAAGAGGGAGGGAGGGAGAGAGAGAGAGGAGGAAAGAGAGAGAGGAGGAGAGAGAAGAGGUGGAGGAAUCCGAGCGAGGAAGGGCGCACGAGAGAUCGUCCCAGCGCUUUCUGCUCCUUUAUUUUUUAAAAGAGAGGGAUCCAGAAGAGACGCAAGCCAGUCUGCCCUGGGGCUCGCUCUCCUUCGGAGCUAUGAAGCGCCUGGCUCCCGGCUCGGAUUCCGGCGUCGAUCCAACUCCGGAGCCUCGCGAUCCUUGAGCGACCGGAGAAGAGGGGGCGGGGGUUGGUUUCGCUUUGGGUCGGAAAGGCGAAGGAAGGAAAGAAGGAAGCUCCCCCGGCUGCUGCCCGCUCGCUCGCUCGCAAACGGCGAGGGGGGAAAGAGAGCGCGCGAGCGCCAGAGAAGAAAAGGGGGGCCGGCGGCAAGAUCCCCCUCCCCUCCCCACCCCACGGCCGCCAGAUCCAGCUUGGCUUUCUCUCCCUCUCUCGGGGAGGGGGGUCAGGAGUUCUUGUAGGACUGGGAGGGAGGGGGACGCGCUUCUCCGCCGACUCCCCCUCCCCAAACCUUUCCGAUUGCAAUAUCAUCUUGAGCUGUUCUUUAAAAUUUUAUUUUAAGGACUUGAUUGUUUUUUUUUGAAGGCGUCAAGACUCGCCCUUGUCGGCUGCACUUUUUUGGGGGGUCUCCAAUUUGAUCGGGGAGAAGGGGCUCUGUUUCGCCCUCCCUCCUGCCUGCAAGAGGAAAAAAAACAUAUAAGGACUUACCGGCCCCUCGGAGACGUCCAGAAGAACUCAAAUCACCGGGACUGUUUGGUAGUGUGGUGUUUGUAUGUGAGUCUGUGUGCGCCUGUUUGUGUGGGCUUUCCCCCCAGCUCUGCUCGGGCUUCCCUCCCUUCUCCCCAGUUUCUGGCCCCCUGCACAAGAACCCGAAGGCAGUUUUGCCAGAGUUGAGGUGGGUUGAAACCCACCAGCCCGGGGGCGCUUCUGAGAACCGCGAACAGAAAACGGGUUGAAAUUCACUAGCUCUCCUGCCUGAGCUCGCAGGGGGGAGGUGUGCUUGUGUGUGUUGUGUGUGUGUGCACGGGGUGGGGGGGAUUGAAAUUGACAAGCAAAGCAGGCGCCUCUUCUUCUCCCCCCCGCCAUCAACUCCCAACCCCUCCCUUGCUGGAGGGAUCGGCCUUUCCUCCCGGAUUUGUGGAUGUACUGAUGAGAGAUCCAGCCUUCCCGGGGACUGCGAUGGCUUACCACCCUUUCCACGCGCCCAGGCCGUCCGACUUCCCUAUGUCAGCUUUCCUGGCGGCCGCUCAGCCCUCCUUCUUCCCGGCUUUGGCUCUGCCUCCGGCCGCCCUGACGAAACCUUUGCAGGAUCCUAGCCUGGCCGGAGCCGCCGAGGCCAGUUUGCACGUCUCGGCGCUGGGACACCAUCACCAAGCCGCCCAUCUGAGGUCGCUCAAAAGCCUGGAGCCCGAGGAGGAGGUCGAGGACGACCCCAAAGUGACCCUGGAAGCCAAAGAUCUCUGGGAUCAGUUUCACAAACUAGGGACCGAGAUGGUGAUCACCAAAUCUGGAAGGCGAAUGUUCCCCCCUUUCAAAGUUCGCGUCAGCGGCUUGGACAAGAAAGCGAAGUACAUUUUGUUAAUGGAUAUCGUGGCGGCCGACGACUGCCGCUACAAGUUCCACAACUCGCGCUGGAUGGUGGCCGGGAAAGCGGACCCGGAGAUGCCCAAACGCAUGUACAUCCAUCCGGACAGCCCCGCUACCGGCGAGCAGUGGAUGGCCAAGCCGGUCGCCUUCCACAAACUCAAGCUCACCAACAACAUCUCGGAUAAGCACGGCUUCACCAUCCUUAAUUCGAUGCAUAAAUAUCAACCAAGAUUCCAUAUAGUUCGGGCCAAUGACAUUCUCAAGUUACCCUACAGCACUUUUCGAACUUAUGUGUUUCCCGAAACGGACUUCAUAGCAGUGACUGCUUAUCAAAACGACAAGAUCACCCAACUGAAAAUCGAUAACAACCCUUUUGCAAAAGGAUUUCGAGAUACCGGGAAUGGCAGGAGAGAAAAAAGGAAACAGCUCACUCUCCCCUCUUUGCGGAUGUACGAAGAUCAGUGCAAGGCAGACCGGGAUGGGGGCGAAUCGGAUGCGUCUUCGUGUGACCCGGCCCCCGUCCGGGAGUCGCUCCACUCCCCAUUGGGCACAACUCCCAGUCCUUUGAGGCUCCACCGGAACAGCAGAGAAGACAAGGGCAGCGACCAAGAGCUGGAGAAGCUCCCCGAAGGGAAGAGAACAAGCCCUGACCCUGGGAACUGCAGCCCCCAUAGCAGCCCCCGUUUGCAAGGCGGCGAAGAGCGGAGUAAAGAGAGAGCCGGCAAAGCCAGCGAUCUCUCCAAAGAGAGCACCGCCGAAGGGGGCAUUUUCAGCCCCCUGGGCUUGGAGAAAGACAAGGUGGAGGGGCGCAGGAAAGAGCCACCCCAGCCGUCUCAGCAGCAGCAGCAGGAAGGAUCCAAGAAAGAGGCUCCGGAUUGCGCCACCCUGGGGGGCAGCAAGGAGUCCUUUGCCCCCCUGAUGGUGCAGACAGACAGCCCUCCGCACCUGAGCGCCGGGCACCUGCAAAGCCUGGCGCUCUCGGGGCUCCACGGCCAGCAGUUCUUCAACCCCCUGAGCACCGGCCAGCCCUUCUUCAUCCACCCGGGACAAUUUGCCAUGGCUCCCGGGGCCUUCUCUGCCAUGGGCAUGGGGCACUUGCUGGCGUCAGUGGCAGGCGGAGGGAGCCUGGAGAACGGAGGUCUUUCUGCCUCACAAGGGGCAGCUGGCACAGCCACCCCCUUCCCUUUCCACCUCUCCCAGCACAUGUUGGCUUCUCAGGGAAUCCCGGUGCCUACUUUUGGUGGACUUUUCCCUUACCCGUACACUUACAUGGCCGCGGCAGCUGCCGCAGCAUCCGCCAUGCCGGUGACCAGUGCCGCCACUGCCAGCUCGCUAUCCCGGAACCCCUUUCUGAGCAGCGCCCGUCCUCGCCUGCGUUUCAGCCCCUACCAGAUCCCGGUCACCAUCCCACCAAGCACCAACCUCCUAACCACUGGCCUGCCUACCAGCUUGAAUGCCAGCUCAGAAGGUUCAAAGCCCGGAAGCAGCAGGGAAUCCAGUCCGCUCUCGGAUCUACCCGUUCACAAACCCAGCAGCCAACGAGCCUCGUUGUCCCCUAAAGGGUCCUUAAAGGAUUCCAUCAAUGAGCUCCAGAACAUCCAGAGACUGGUCAGUGGUCUAGACACCCAGAGGGAAGUCUCUCCCGGAAGGGAAUCCCCCAAGUGACUUAACCCUUGGGAGAGGCAGCCCCUCCAAAAGGGAUCAGGAGAUGCUGGGGGAAAAGGUGUGUACAGCACAGUAUAAAUAUUUAUUUUAAGAAAAGGAGGAGGGGGGGGAUUUAAGAUAAGGGAGAGUAAGGGUGAGGGAGCCCAGGUGUGAUGCACUACAGAGGCACCCAGAUGGAACAGGGGAGGAAGGAGGCACACUACAACAUUUGAGCAUCACCCGUUGGUAAGAAGCAUGGGAGAAUUUUGGUGCUGACCUGGGUUCUGGAGGUCAGCCCCACAACCACAUCUGCCCCCAAAUGCACACUUGUCUCCUGGUUCUGGUUGUUGUAGCAGGAUAUAUAGAGAGAACUAUGGUCUUGGAAGGGUAUGAUUCAGGCCACCUGUUCCUAUAGCUUUUUAAAAAUAAAAAAUCAGCACUGUUGGAAAAGGCAUUUUGGUCCUUUCUACCUAUAAGGAUGGAAUUCAUGAAAUGCGGACAUUGUUUUCAAGCAGGAACAAUGGGGGGAGAAUUUUCUUUCCUCUGAAAUAUACAAACUCUGGCCAACUGAACACUGGACAUUCAUUUGGGGCGCAGUAGGAACAGCAGACUUCUGAAAGUUGACAUCCAGCUCCUCACCUUUCCUGGGAGGCCAUCAAAAAUCAUCCACAGUGAUCUUUAGAAACUGGUACAGUCAGUGUGAUUGACUUUCUUUCUUUCUUUUUUCUUGAACUCAACCUGUGUACCAGAAAAAAAAAUUAAAAGAAACAUAAUAUUUAUGGAAUAAAUGGUAAUUUGUGUAAAUAAGCUAUACGAAUCCCAAAAUAUGCAAAAAUUGGUAUUAAUUUAUUCAGAGUUGUACAUUGGAAUGUACAUAAUUAGAGUUUAACUCGUCACAUUUCAUUGUUUUUGUUUUUUUCAUUUUACGUGAGCAUACAUAUUGUAAAUGAAGACCUAUUUAGCUCUUUGUGAAUGGAAGAAAAUAUUGGGUUUUCUUUUUGACUUUUGUGUCUAAAAAAAAAAAAGCUUACCCUGCCUGUUCAAAGACAAUCGUGCCAUCAGUACUGCUCUGAAGACAUGGGGGGAGGGAGUUAAAUCCUUUUUACAGGGACUCUACAGGGAACAGUGUCCCCUCCCAGUAUAUAACCAUUGAAAAUGAAAUUUUAAUGUUGAAUGAAUGGGGCAGCGGGAAUCUCUUUUGGAGCGUGGGGUAUUGAAAAAGAAAUGCAGGAAUAAACCUCAGGUUUUUAUUUUUCACUCCAGAACAACAAAAAAGGAAAAAAAAUAACCUUUAAAACUAUACUAAAAUUUAAAAUAUCACAUGGACAGUGUGCUAUAUAUUGUUUUAAUUUUUUUUUAAUGACAUGAUUAGAAAAGUGCUGGUUAUUCGGGUAUCUAUCUGUUCAAUUUUUUUUGAUGAGUUCUCUCACAUCUUUCAAUAAAAAAUAUUCAAAGAACAAA